CGAUGGCUCGGAGUGAAGGCCCUUUUACGUCAGAUUUAUGUGGGGUGAAGAAGAAGCCCAGAUCAGGAGGAAGAGGAAAGAAAAGGAGUCCAGAAUGGCUUUUACUCAGGGAUGCUUGACAUUCAGAGAUGUGGCUAUAGAAUUCUCUCAGGAGGAGUGGCAGUGCCUGGCCCCUGCUCAGAGGGCAUUGUACAGGGCCGUGAUGUUGGAGAACUACAGGAACCUGGUCUCCCUGGGACUCUUGCCUCCUGAAGUGACUGUUCUCUCCACGUUGGAGGAAGGGAAAGAGCCCUGGACUAUGAAGAGUGAAAUGAACCCAGCAAAAAACCCAAAUAUGGGGAAAUGGAUCAAAGGUGUGAACUCAGGGAGGAGUUGUGUAUUGGGAAAUGAUGCAGAAAACAAGCCUAUUAAAAAUCAACUGGGAUUAAGCUUUCCAUUCUAUCUGCCUGAAAUACAGCAUUUUCAAGCUGAAGGGAAAAUUUAUGAAUGUAAUGAAGUUGAAAAGUCUAUCAACCCCAAUACCUCAUUUUCACCACUUGACAACAUUUCUUCUAAACUCAAAACCCACAUAUUUAAUAAUUAUAACAAAGACUUAGUCAGUUCUCCAGUGCUCAGGCAAGAACUGAAAGCACACAUUGGGGAAGAGCCUUACAGAUGUAAUGAGCAUGGCAAAGCCUUUAGUGUGUCAUCAAACCUUGCUAUUCAUGGGGUAACCCAUACUGGACAGAAACCUUUCAAGUGUAUCCUGUGUGGCAAAGUCUUCGGGCACAAUUCAGAUCUUUUACGACAUUGGAGAAUCCAUACUGGAGAGAAACCUUUCAGAUGUAAUGAGUGUGGCAAAGUCUUUAGUCAAAAUUCAAACCUAUCACGACAUCAGACAAUUCAUACUGGGGAAAAACCUUACAAAUGUGAUGACUGUGGCAAAACAUUUAGUGUGCACUCAGCACUUAGAACUCAUCUGCGAAUACACAAUGGAGACAGUUCUUACAAAUGUACUGAAUGUGGUAAGAUCUUCAAUUACAGUUCAAUCCUUGCACGACAUCAGUGUAUUCAUACUGGAGAGAAGCCUUACAGAUGCAAUGAGUGUGGCAAAUUCUUCUGUCAAAAAUCAAACCUUAAAAAUCACCAUGCUGUCCAUUCUGGAGAGAGACCUUAUAAAUGUAAUGAAUGUGGCAAAGUCUUCCGUCACAAAUCAAACCUUAAAAAUCAUCACACAAUCCACACAGGAGAGAAACCUUACAAAUGUAACGAAUGUGACAAAGCCUUCAGACAAAAGAUAUCCCUUUCACGUCAUCAACGAACUCAUACUGGAGAGAAACCUUACAAAUGUAAUGAAUGUGGUAAGGUCUUCUGUCAACAAUCAAACCUUAAAAGUCAUCACAGAAUCCAUACUGGCGAGAAACCUUAUAAAUGUAAUGAAUGUGGUAAGGCCUUCUAUAAGAAAUCAAACCUUAAAACUCAUCAGAGGAUCCAUACAAGAGGAAAACCUUACAAAUGUAAUGUAUGUGGUAAGGCUUUUAGUCACAUAUCAUGCCUAUCACAGCAUCAGAGUAUUCAUUUGUGAGAGACC